UCUCUCUUUCUCUUCUUUCUUUACCUUCUUCCAUGUCCUACUGUGCUUGAGUUGUCCCUGACUGAAUAAGACAAAAGCUUCCUCACUGCACACUCCUCUUCGUCCACCACCCCCAUACCCUCUGUUCUAUCUCUAUCCGCCAGCUCUCUUGCUUUGGUUCCUCCCAAUGUGUCACUACAAGCUUCUUUUGGCUGUUCUUCCCCUACCGUAAAUCGGUGAAUUUUCGUUUCUUAUGAAAAUGGGGCGAAAGUGUUGGAAAAUAGUCACCGGGUCGUAUAAUUUGGUUUAGUUCUCUCUGCGUUCUGUGCUUUGUUUACUCCUUUACCCUGUGGAGAAUCAAAACCUGUGAAGAAAAUGAGGAAGCAUGGAUGGCAACUUCCGUACCAUCCUCUCCAGGUGGUGGCGGUUGCUGUGUUCUUGGCUUUGGGUUUUGCCUUCUAUGUGUUCUUUGCUCCUUUUGUUGGAAAGAAGAUGUUUCAGUACGUUGCAAUGGGCCUGUACACGCCUCUGAUUGCUUGCGUGUUUGGGCUGUACAUUUGGUGUGCGGCAGCUGAUCCUGCAGAUCCAGGGGUCUUUAAGUCCAAAAAAUAUCUGAAAAUCUUAGACAGUAAAAAGCUUGUGGUACAGAAAGAUUCUAAACUUGGUGGGCAAUCAAGUUCAUCAAUCAAUGAUGCAAAUACUUCAAUUGUUGAAGAAAAAUCUGUUGAUAAGGAAGCAUUGGGCACAGAAGCAAAUUUGAAAGAUACAGCUGUAUCAAUAGAGCAGAAUGCAUCAACACCUCAUUCAUCCUGUUUAAUGUUGGUGUGCUCUCCAUGUGCUUUUAUUUGUGGGUGCUCUAGUUCAAGUGAGGAGUCCUCUGACCUGCAAAAAAGUGAAGAUGGCAUGUUUUAUUGCAGUUUGUGUGAAGUUGAGGUCUUCAAAUUCAGCAAACAUUGCAGAGUUUGUGACAAAUGUGUUGAUAGCUUUGAUCAUCAUUGCAGAUGGCUUAACAAUUGUGUAGGGAGGAAAAACUACAGACAAUUUUUCACCCUUAUGGUUGCUGCUCUCCUCUUGCUUAUUCUUCAAUGGUCGACUGGAGUGCUUGUGCUUAUCCGAUGUUCUCUUGAGAGGAAGCAAUGUUCUGUGGAUAUCAGCUCCAAGUUGGGAAGCAGUUUCUCUCUGGUUCCUUAUAUUAUUGUGGUGGUUGUCUGCGUCAUCUUGGCUAUGAUUGCUACAUUGCCUCUUGCCCAGCUUUUCUUCUUUCAUAUCCUUCUUAUUAAAAAGGGAAUCAGCACAUAUGAUUACAUUAUUGCUCUAAGGGAGCAGGAACAGGAGCAGCAAGGAGUUGGAGGUCAGCAGAGCCCUCAAAUGUCACCUGUCAGUUCACUUACUGGAUUAAGCAGUGCAAGCUCCUUUACUACCUUUAACCGUGCUGCAUGGUGCACACCCCCACGCCUCUUUGUUGAAGAUCAGUUUGAUGUAGUACCCCCAGAAACAGGUUCAGUAAGUUCAUAUGGGAAGAAGGCAAUGAGAGAAGAGCCGGUUAAGAAAAAGAACCCUGGAGCAGUCAAAAUUAGUCCAUGGACAUUGGCACGAUUAAAUGCAGAAGAGGUUUCCAAGGCUGCCGCAGAAGCAAGAAAGAAAUCCAAAAUCCUGCAGCCUGUGAUGAGACAGAAUGACGCUUUCAGGCCCGAAACAGACGGCACCUUUGAUGGCAGUGGUCGAAGAGUACUCCCCAGAAUUGAGAAUAAUAGAAAGCGGGCAAGCAAGCGGGUUCGUCUACCAGUUGAACUACCUAUGGAGUCACUGGCAAAAGCUUCUGCUAGUAAUUUUGGCAAAGGCUUCAGUGGAAUGUCUAGUUUAGCUCCUCUUCAGCUUGAAGCACGUAAUGCAUUUCAAACAAGUCAAACGAUAUCCAGCUCUGCAGGUGGCGUUGUUUCCUCACCUGAAAGCAGCUUAGACUCACCAGAUAUACAUCCUUUCCGAGCAUCUUCAUCGGGAGCUGAGGAAACAAGAAGGCUAGCAGGUCUUCCAGCUGCUAGUGCAGCGGCUUUGAAGGGAAUCCCACUGUCACAUUCAACUAGUGAUGGGUAUGAAGCCUCCGGUGGGGAAGAUAGUGACCAGGUACAAACUAGAGUUGUUCAGAGAUCUACUACCAGUUGGACUAACGUUCUCUUUGGUGCUGAUCAGGAUGAGAGGGCUUAUAAUCCCAAACCAUCUUCUAGCCUGGGUCAUAACAGAAAGUUGUGACUGAUGUUAAUUAAAACAAAGCAAACAACCCUUUUGAUUACAUUGAUGGGAAAUGCCAUUCUUUUGAUUUGUGAAGCUAAGGUUUUAACCUCACCAUCCUUAACCAACAGCUUUUGGAAAUCAAAGCUCGGCCCUGAGAAAUUUUGGAGUAACGAAUGUACAAAGUUUUAGGUCAGACUUGAGAGGAGUCACAAGGGUAUGAUUUAUGGCAGCAAUCACCCCUUGUAGUUAAAAUGCAUGAAGCAUUUUCUUAUGGAUGAUUCUGCUGACUGUUCUGAUUUUUGCAAUUUGUGAGAAAGACAGGUGACUGUAUUAACUAUUUACUUCUCUUUUCCCCCCAA